CAGUCUUCUAUCAGUCGCCGAGCGGAACGGUACGACGACACAUCGCGAAAAGGCAAACCAAUUAACACUUCGUUCAUUCGUGAACGCAAGAAAGAGAAAAGAGAGAAAAACAGUCCAGUUUCAAGACAACUAGGGCUAUGGACAUGUUGAAAUUCGCAGUCGUUCUGGCGCUCGUGCUCGUCGGGGCGUCGAGUGACGAAGAUUGCGACCGCAGGCCUCCUGGAGCCAUCGGAUCCAAAUCGAGGUUUUACGACAAUUACAACAUCAUGAUCAUAAGAAAUCCGAGCAACUAUUCACCUGGAGAAAUGUACACAGUGAAACUGGCCGGCUUGCCCGGCGACAACGGCGAACCGGCGAAAUUCAUCGGCUUCAGCCUUUCGGUGAUAACGAUGUCGAGGAGCGGCAGGGAGCCUGGAAGUUUGGUACCUCUUGGUGACGCUAAAACAGAGAGGAAGCCCGGCUGCAAGAACAUCAUCAUCAGCACGGAGGACUCUCCAAAAUCGGAGAUAUCCGUCUUCUGGACCGCGCCGGCCAAGGGGACAGGCUGCGUCGUCUUCAAGGCGGCAGUUGUCGUCGAGGCCGACCUGUGGUACCAAGACGAAGGAUCACUGAUCAAACAAAUAUGCGAAAACCAUCAACAGAGCAUCGACGAGAUGCCGGACGUAACACCUGUCUGCUGUGCAUGCGAUGAGGCCAAAUACGAAGUCAGCUUCGAGGGUCUCUGGUCGAGGCACACACACCCAAAAGACUUUCCGGAAAACGUUUUGACAAGGUUUAGCGACGUAAUAGGAGCUUCUCACACUUUUGAUUACAGGUUUUGGCAGUACGGUGGAAAAGCGUCCGAGGGUUUGAGGCAAGUGGCCGAGCUCGGUUCGACCAGAGUCCUGGAAUCUGAAUUAAAAUCCGAGAGCGAAAAUAUAAGGACGAUAAUAAAAGCGAGAGGGAUCACCUACCCGAACGUCACAAGUAAAACUUUCGCGGUAUUCAGAGUGGACAACAAAAACCAUCUUAUAUCUUUGGUUUCUAUGAUAGAUCCCUCGCCGGAUUGGGUCGUUGGAGUUUCAGGCCUUGAACUCUGUCUUUCAAAUUGCUCCUGGGUCGAGAACAAAGUUCUGAAUCUCUAUCCGUACGAUGUUGGGACCGACUCAGGGAUCACAUACACGUCGCCGGAUCAGCCGACGGAGCCCAGGGACAACAUUCGCAGGAUAACGACGACGUUCCCCUCGGAUCCUAGAUCGCCGUUUUACGAUCCUUCCGGAAAGGAAAUGAAGCCUCUGGCCCGCUUGUAUCUGACAAGGCAGAGGCUCUACGAAAAGUCUUGUGACCAAAACGGAGGAGAAAUGGCCGAAUUGAAUUACCCUGUUGAUCCUUGUGCCGUGAACGCAUGGUCGGACUGGAGCCCUUGUUCAGCGACAUGCGGCACAGGGAAAAGGUCGAGGCAGAGAUUUUACAGGGACGAAUCAAUGGCCACGAUGGAAAAUUGCAACAGAGAGCUGACUUACAGGGAACACUGCGAAGCUCCGAUCCCUUGUGGUGAACUUAUGGGUCGUGAAAGAGAGGAUUACAGCGCUACCUUGUGCGAGGUGACAGAGUGGUCUGACUGGUCUGGAUGCUCCGUUUCUUGUGGAGAAGGAACCCGUUACAGAUUUCGAAGGAUAAAAAACCAAAAAAAUUACAAGAAAUGCACUGCAUACUUCAACCAUCCACCGCUUAGGCAGGAGGAAAAAUGUGUGGUUAAAAGCCAGGACUGCAAAGAUCUGCCCAUGAACUUGCCUUUCACGGACAAAUGCGUGCCGGGCCCAUGGUCGGAAUGGUCCGCGUGUUCGGUCAACUGCGGAAUGGGGACGAGAAGGAGACACAGGGAAAUCAUCAGCCGUACCUGGGGCGGCGGCCCGGAUCAGUGCUCCCACAUCUUACAAAACGAAACUAUUACAUGCAGCGAAAAAGCGGGUUGCGAGUUGACAGCCGAACAAGCAAGAGAGGCGUGCCAGUCUCCAAAAAUGCCAGGACCUUGCAGGGGUCAAUUUGAAAAAUGGUACUUCGACACGUCGACACGGAAUUGCAUGAAGUUCGUCUAUUCCGGAUGCUGGGGCAAUAGAAACCAGUUCGACACGCAAGAAGAAUGCGAGAAAACUUGCAAAAAACUUAAAGGUGACAGGAGUUUAAACGGCCCGUUCAGCGGAUUUGACGCUGAAUCACAAGUCAAAGUCUGGGACUACGUACCUGGUGGGGCGGAAGGUCCUGUUGUUGAUUGCAAAGUUUCACACUGGUCCGCUUGGUCCGCGUGUUCUGUCUCCUGCGGACGAGGACUAAGACAAAAAACAAGACAGAUAAUCAUGAAUGCCAGAAACGGCGGUAAGGACUGCCCCAAGAAGCUUCUACGCAGGAAAAGGUGCAACGCUGGACCUUGUACAACGGGUUAUAUGAGUGAUGAAAACAAAGCGUACGACGAAUACGAGGAUUCUGAAGAAGAUUGCAGAUAUUCAGAAUGGUCGGAAUGGUCACCUUGUACUCAGCCGUGCGAGUUCUCCAUACAGAAACGGGUCAAAUUGGCCAUAUCGGACAAGGAAAGAUGCGGCAAGAGGCUGCAGACAAGGAUCUGCAACUGUGUAGGAAAGGAUUGAUUCCAUGUCAAAAUUCAAAGCAUGGAAUUGUUGCCUGAAACAAUAUCUCAGCCUAUGAUUUUAAUUGUCACCCCAUUAUCAUUACAAAAAAAACAUAUCCAUUUAACUAAGUUUUAACUCCUCAGCCCAUGAAAUAAAUUUAUAUUCACAAAUUUUUCAAAAUAAACUCCGAACAAAAUAAUAUGGAGUGCUUGUGAAAACUAUUGACAAUACAACAAGAAAUAAUAAAUAUAUUUAAUGUAACGUUGUAUACUAAUGUGUGGUGUGUUACAAAUUUUAUAACAAAAAUCUAGACUUGAAUGUAAUUGUAGUUGUUGAAUAUUUAAACUAACUUAAAUUUA